AGAACAAGGAAGGAAGGCAAAAAUAUCAUAACAAACAAGCCAAGCCAGCGAGCGAGCUUGUAAUCCUCCUCUCCCCCCUCCUCGGCCAACGUCUCCAUCGCUCCCCUUAUCCCUCUCUCUCUCCCUCCUCCACUCCACCACCAUGACCAUGUCCAUGGCUGCGGCGCGCUCCUCCAUCGCCAUGUCCCUCCGCUCCCCCGCCUUCCUCCCCAAGCCCUCCCCCGCCUCCCCAUUCCUCCUCCUCCUCCUCGCCCCUCCCGCCGCCCGCCGCCUCCGCUCCACCCGCCGCCUCCCCCUCGCGCCGCUCGCCGCCUCCGACUCCUUCGAUUCCCCCGCCGCCGCACUCGACUUUGCCGACCCUGCCGCCGCCCCCGACGAGGACCCCGACGUUCCGGAGGAGGCCUACACGCCGGAGGCCGAGGCUGAGGCUGAGGCUGAGGAGGAGGACGAGGAGCAGCCCCCCGUCGAGUCCUCCGCGGAAGUCGCGGAGGACGUGGAGGAGGUGGGCGAGUACGUCGAGCCGCCCGAGGAGGCCAAGGUCUACGUCGGGAACCUACCCUACGACAUGGACAGCGAGCGCCUCGCCCAGCUCUUCGACCAGGCCGGCGUCGUCGAGGUUUCCGAGGUCAUUUACAACAGAGAAACGGAUCGGAGUCGUGGAUUUGGAUUUGUCACCAUGAGCACUGUUGAGGAGGCUGAGAAGGCUGUCGAGAUGUUCCAUCGCUAUGAUGUAAACGGAAGGCUUCUGACUGUAAACAAGGCAGCUCCUAGAGGCGCUCGGGUGGAAAGACCUCCCCGUCAGUUUGGGCCUUCUUUCAGGAUCUAUGUGGGCAAUCUGCCAUGGCAAGUGGAUGACUCUAGGUUGGUACAGCUGUUCAGCGAGCACGGCAAAGUAGUUGAUGCCAGAGUUGUCUAUGACAGAGAAUCUGGGCGUUCACGAGGAUUUGGCUUUGUAACAAUGGCGACACAGGAAGAAUUGGAUGAUGCAAUUGCGGCCCUUGAUGGACAGAGUUUGGAUGGCCGUGCCCUGAGAGUGAAUGUCGCGGAGGAGCGACCACCGCGCAGAGGCUUCUAAUGGACACCAUGAGGCUUUGUGGGAGUGGACAGCAGGCUUGCUGCAUUGGAGCACCAUAGCACGUCUGAUACUGGCUUAGUCCCUCAAGUAGCUUUCUUGCGAUGCUGGGCUGUGUAUCCUCCCAAUCCCUGUGUUAUCUGAUGUUUUUGUUAACCGUUGGUUGAGGCCACGGGUUCAUUUAGGCUAUGGCUAUGAUGCCCAUUAUUGCCCCUAGCCCAAUUUGUCGAUGCAUCCCAAAAGUUUUGUCUCGAAUCUAUUUAUAAGUAAAGAAGGGUAUGUGUGUGUGUGGCAUUUGUCUCC